CCAUCCAUCCUCAGCCCUGCAUGCACAGGGAUGGACCUGUCUCCGGGGGAGCCUCAAGCUGCCUUCCCACCUCCCUCUUUGGACUGAACAGGUACAGAUCCCCCCAUCUUUAAGGUGUCUGAGGGGCCAUGCCCAGUCGCCUGUGAGGAGAGAGUGAGAGGAGAGGAAGCAUCUGGAGGAGGAGGAGGAGGUGCAGAAACCGAUUGUGUGGUUGCUAAGAGUCAGUAACAAACCGGUCAUGGCGCAAUCAUCCGAUGCAAGUGUAGUUGGGGUCCCUGAUCCUGAGGACAACACUCCCAACAUGAUUGUCUACAGAAAAAUUGAAGAUAUCAUCACACGGAUGCAAGAUGAUAAAGCUGGAGGGGUGCCCAUCCGAACCGUAAAAAGCUUCCUGUCUAAAAUCCCCAGCGUGGUAACAGGGGCAGACAUUGUGCAGUGGCUGAUGAAGAACCUCAACGUUGAAGAUCCAGUGGAAGCAAUACAUUUAGGAAGCCUUAUAGCAGCCCAGGGAUACAUCUUCCCAAUAUCAGAUCAUGUGCUCACGCUGAAGGACGAUGGCACCUUUUAUCGGUUUCAGGCACCCUAUUUUUGGCCUUCAAACUGCUGGGAACCAGAAAACACAGACUAUGCUAUUUAUCUAUGCAAGAGGACCAUGCAGAACAAAGCAAGACUGGAGCUAGCAGAUUAUGAAGCCGAAAACUUAGCAAGACUGCAACGAGCAUUUGCACGGAAAUGGGAAUUCAUCUUUAUGCAAGCAGAGGCGCAAGUCAAAAUUGACAGAAAGAAAGACAAGACUGAGAGGAAAAUUCUAGACAGCCAAGAAAGAGGAUUCUGGGAUGUUCAUCGGCCUGUGCCUGGCUGCGUAAACACAACAGAAAUGGAUAUCAGAAAGUGUCGUCGAAUGAAGAAUCCUCAAAAGGUCAAAAAGUCAGUAUAUGGUGUAUCAGAGGACUCUCAGUCACAGAGCCCGGUGCACAUGGCAUCGCACGUCAUUCGAAAAACCACAAAAGAUGACUUGCGGAAACAGAUUCAUUUCCUGAAUGUUCAGAUAGAUCGACAUUGUUUAAAAAUGUCCAAAGUAGCUGAUAGCUUUAUUGCUUAUUCAGAACAGUAUACAGAGUAUGAUCCUUUUCUUACUCCAGCUGAUCCUUCCAAUCCCUGGAUAAGUGAUGACACGACCUUCUGGGAUUUGGAAGCAAGCAAAGAGCCGCACCAGCAGCGUGUAAAGAGAUGGGGCUUCUCGCUGGAUGAAGUACUCAAGGAUCCAGUAGGAAGAGAGCAGUUCCUUCGCUUCCUGGAGUCAGAGUUCAGUUCUGAAAAUCUCAGGUUUUGGAUGGUAGUUCAAGAUGUCAAGAAACAACCAUUACAGGAGGUCCCUAAGAGAGUUGAAGAGAUAUGGCAAGAGUUUUUGGCCCCUGGGGCACAAAGUGCCAUCAAUUUAGACUCCCACAGCUUCGAAAGAACGAGCCAAAAUGUCAAAGAUGCAGGGAGGUACACGUUCGAAGAUGCACAGCAACACAUCUACAAGUUGAUGAAGAGUGAUAGCUACGCCCGAUUCCUGCGCUCCAAUGCCUACCAGGACAUGUUGCUCAUGAAGAAGAAGACUGAAAAUGAGCAAGGUCGUAGGACCUCCUUAGAAAAGUUCACUCGCAGCGUGGGGAAGUCGUUGACGUCCAAACGCCUCACUGGCCUCAUGCAGUCCUCCUGACAACCCAGGACCGAAGAAUGAUCACUAGGCACCUGACACCCUCCCAAUGAGGUUCGGUUUAAGACAAGAACAUGGGUCACUGUGAAAGCUAAAA